AUGACGAGUAUAGCUGAACUCUCUCUGUGUCAUUCAUUGUUACAUACUUACUUGGAUACUUCGACGGCUGGCCCUCACUGGUUGUGCUGGCACCAGCAUAAUUCCCAUUUCUCCGGGAUUUUGCUAUUAUGGUUCUCCAGAGUCCCGAGACGGAGAUUCGCCGCCACCACUAUGCGACUAGAAAUGUUCGCCAGUGGUGCAGUAGAAAUUAGACGGGACGCUGUUGCUAAAGUGCUGUGUGUGGGUCUCGGUGGAGGGUACCUGAACUCGCACCUCCAUCAUCGCUUUCCUAAGUUGGAUCCGAUGAUGCUGCGAAUCGCCCGUAAAUGGUUUGAUUUGGAUGAAGACUAUCGACAUCGAGUGAUAAUCGACGACGGCCUAAAUUACAUGAAGAGUGCUGCUGAAAGUGGCAUUCAGUACGACGUAGUGCAUCUUGACGUCUGCACAACAGAUCCCAACGCCAAAUCUUUGUGUCCACUUGACGUCUUCUUCUCAGAAGAAGCACUGAACGUGCUCUUAAAAUUGAUCAGUAAACAAGGUAGCGAUAAAUCGAGAAGCUGA